GUUUCGCUCUUGGAUGAACCGUCUUUGGAUGAUACGAUUCUCAGAUAUUCUCGUGCUGCCAUUUUGGAUGAUACGGUUUUGGAUUCUGCAUCCUUGGAUGUUUCGCUCUUGGAUGCUCUGAAUGCUCCCAAAAGGGCCGAUUUUGGAUGUUAUUUGGAGGUUUUGAUCACUGGAUGCUGCGGUUUUGGUUGUUGCGUAUUUUGGAUGCUGCGCUCUUGGAUGCUUUAAUAGCCCCCCGUUGCGACAGGGGGACAGGGAGUACUUAUAGUUCAAACAAUGUGCAGCAUUGAGGAGGGUGACUUGGCCGACCUUCGCGCCCGUGAGGAGGCCCAACAUCUGAAGGCGCAGGCUCUCUCCGACACCGGCCCCACGCUCUGUCAGAAAUGUCGCUCGGCGCCGGCCGUUCUCCUGCUCCGCGUGAACGACAUCUACUGCCGCGACUGCUUCGUUGCCGCCUUCACGCACAAGUUCCGCUCCACGCUGGGUAAGUCGCGCCUGUUGAGGCCUGACGAGCCUGCCCUGGUGGCUUUCUCAGGCGGAGUAGCUUCUAGCGUUCUAGCGCGUCUGGUUAGUGACGGUGCCAGUCAGACGGACAGCAAGCGACUCAGGCUGCGGCCUGGUCUGCUGAUGGUGGAUGAGAGUGCUGUGGUUCCUGAACAGGAUGUGAAGGAGAUGGAGAGGCUGGCCGGAACAUACAGAGUGCCGGUGUAUCGAGCGAAGCUGGAGGCGGUCAUGGGCGACAGUGGCGCUCCUGUGGUGGAGCGGGUGAAGUGUAAGUUAAAGGGAGAGUCACCAGAUGGCGGUGGCGACGCGGAGUCUCUGCAGGCGCCUCCUGAGGCAGCUAGCUGUGAUUCUGUUUCGUCUGAAGUUACUGCGUUGCCGGACGAAACUCGUCUGGCGGAGCUCCGCGUGCAGCUGCAGCAGCUGUGGUCAGCAGCUGGCUCAGGCACGGCCCGUGAACAGCUGCUGGAGCGGCUGCGGUCCGAGCUGCUGGCGCGGGCUGCCCUCCAGCUGGGUAUCCGUCUCUUGCUGCUGGCCGACACAGAAACCCGGCUGGCCGUCUCACUCCUCUCCGGGCUGGCCGGUGGCCGAGGCGCGCACGCGCACCAGCAGACAGCUCUGGCCGACAGGCGGCACGGCGAGCGACUGCUGGUGCUGCGUCCACUUCGAGAGCUCUCAUCUAAACAGGUAGCUCUCUUCGCCCACCACUGCCGCGUACAGUACGUGCCAGGGGUUGGACCGGACACAAUGGCACCGGCGAGUGCCAGCAUCGGCCGUGCUACUGAGGAGUUUGUGCUUGGUCUGCAGGCGAGCUUUCCGGCUACUGUUUCCACCGUUUACCGAACGGGUACGAAGCUCUCAGCGGUGGGCGCGAUGUCGGAGAACUGUGCCCUCUGCCGCCUUCCUCUGGACACCAGCGGAGGAGCAGCGUCCGCCCUCCAGGCCACGCGCUUCUCUCAGAUGGUGUCCUCUUCGGGACCGGACCGGUUUCAGUAUGACCAGCACUCGGCCGACACGGCAGCAGGGGACGAUAGGGCGACUGGGCUGCCACCUGCGGCGAAGAAUGGAAGCUGUAGUACGGAUACUCCCCGCUGUGUGGAGUCGGGCGGUGGCUGCUGCGGGGGCGGCGGGGAGGGGUGCGGAACGACGCAGACUGUCUCUAGGAAGCCGUCGCGGAAGGAGUUGCUGGAGAGGCUGUGUUACGGCUGCCAGCUGGUGAUGAAGGACAUGAAGGAGGUGGAUAACAUGCCGGCCUUUGUGACGGGGGAGGUGGCCGCUCGGGCCCGCAGGGAGAAUAUGAGGAAAGAGAUACAAGACUUCCUUAUCGAGGAUAGCUGACGUGUGUGCCUUAUUUUAGGGGUUUGGUGUUGUUAGCCUAUUGAGGCGUCCAUGCAUAUGUUGAGUCAUGAGUGGACUUGAGGUGGUCCCAAAAACUAUUUCGGCUUUGCGCCACUGCGUCCGUUUAGGAAUGUGUGUUGCAUGACUUUUGCAGAGCCAUUUUGCACCUGAAACGUUUUAUGUGAGUUACUGCUAAUAUUUUUGAACGUGAAAUCAUUUUGGCACGGCUAUAAUGUGCCGUUUUGCAAAAUGUAUUGAAUAUAUUUUGCGUGCAUAUGUAGGUAAUGUAUGUCUAUUUUAUUUUGGUUCACACAUUACAACUAACGUAGCCGGUUUUUUUAGUGGUUGUGAUCCCUCUUGUGAUUAAUUUUGCACUCAAUCAGUGCUUCUAGUUAUUUCCAACAACUGAAAAUGACGCAGAGGGUUGAUGUGCGACUGAGCGGACAUGGCUGAGCAGGGGCAUGAAUGAGUCGUUGACAAAUGUCAUCUCCGCUCCGUCCGUAGGCAUCCAGUUGCGUUCGUAACUCCCAGAGAAACUGAACUAUCAAAGGAUCCGUUAGAGUUACGAAAUGAAAGCCGAAGCAGGAUGACGCAAGUGUGCUUUCUUUUUUAUGUGUUUCUAAACGGGGUUUUGGAGG